AUGGCACCUGGUCCUGAACUCCCUUUCACUCUUUCGGUCUCCGAUCAUGCAUUGGACGAGUUGCACGAGAGGCUCGCUCGGACGCGCCUACCGGACGAACUUGUCGGCGCGGGCUGGCACUACGGCGUUCCACUCGCCCACAUCCGACGCCUGAUCGAGCGUUGGCGGGAUAGUUUCGAUUGGCGCGCUGCUGAACGAGAAAUCAACAAUCUGCCCAUGUUUACGCGCGUCCUCGACGUCGACGGCUUCGGUGCGCUCGACCUUCACUACGUCCACCAACGAAGCGCACGCCCGAACGCCAUCCCUCUACUCUUCGUCCACGGCUGGCCGGGCAGCUUCCUCGAAGUCGAGAAGAUACUCCCGUUGCUCACCGCACCGGACGACCCCGCCGCACCGGCCUUCCACGUUAUCGCGCCCGGCAUCCCUGGCUUCGGUUUCAGCGAGGCGCCGCACAAGCCCGGAUUCCACUUCGUACAGGCGGCAGAGAUCUUUCACAAGCUCAUGAUUGCGCUCGGGUACGACCAGUAUGUCGUUCAAGGUGGCGACCUCGGACGGCGCGUCGCACAAGUCUCUGCUACGAACUAUGCUCCAGCCCAUGUGAAGGCUUGGCAUACCAACAUGCCCGCGCCGACGGGCCCGCCUCGACUUUUUUCGGACCCCAUUGGCUACCUGCAACAUCUCGUCACUCCAUACACUGCCUCUGAGAAGGCUGGGAUUGCUCGUGCGAAGUGGUUCGAGGAGACGCAGAGGGGGUACUUCAUGAUGCAUAUUACGAAGCCGCAGACGCUCGCGUACUCGCUAUCGGAUUCGCCGGUUGGAUUGCUCGCAUGGAUCUACGAGAAGCUCGUACUCUGGAGCGACAAGUAUGCGUGGAGUGACGACGAGGUGCUCAAAUGGAUUUCGCUGUACUGGCUCUCUCGUGCAGGUCCGGGAGCCAGCACACGCAUCUACUUCGAGUACUUCGCAGCACUCGAGCUCUAUCAGUCUGCGCCACCUCCGAUCGCUCCUCUGGGUAUAUCCCAUUUCCCGAAGGAACUGGCGCCGUUGCCAAGCUCGUGGUGUCAGAGUCUUGGUAAAGUCGUUCAUGAGAGUACUCAUGAGCACGGAGGACACUUUGCGUCUCACGAGACGCCCAAAGAACUGGUUGGCGAUCUACGCGGGAUGUUUGGGCGAGGCGGGCCGGCAUACGGAGUAGUGGCGGGCGCGGACGGAUAUUGA